ACUCCGUCCUCCUGACUCCGUCACGUACAGCGUCAGUUGGCGGAAGUUGUUGUUUUUAAACCCGACAGCUUGUUUUUUUCUUCUCUAUCUGCUGCUGUUAAGUUUCUAGUGGGUUCGCGCCUGUCAGAUGUACCAUGUUUGCAGGAAAAACCAAGAAGAAGCCGCCGAGCAAAGGCCAAGGAGUAGCAACUGCCAAGCAACUUGGCCUGUUUGUAGACUUCUCGCCUGAGGAUAUGAUGAUGAAUACAAAUGGGGAUGAUGAUGGAGACCUGGAAGCAGAAUUAGCUGAAAUAACUGGAAAGAAGUCUGUUACUAAACCAAAGUCUAAAGGCAAAUCACCUUUGCCAAUGGACCAUAUAGAACAAAUGGCUGAGGAAUGUUUGAAGGAUAUAGAUGAUGAUGAUGAUGAUAAUGAUAAUGAUAAUUUGGAAGAUGAAGAAGAACUCUUGGCAGAACUGAAGGAAAUGGUUCAGGAAGAGGAGGAGGAAGAACCUACAAAUCCAUCUGUUCUCAUAGAGUCUGCUCCGGAUCCAGUGAAUCAAUGUCCCAUCUCUCAGCCUCAGUCAAAUAUAGUUACUGUUAAUGCUGGAUUACAAAAUACGCUGGAAGAGAGACUACAAAUGUACAGAAUUGCAAUUAGUAAUGCAAAGCAAGCUGGAGAGAUGUCAAAACUGAGGCGAUAUGAACGAGGAUUAAAGACAUUGCAGACACUGCUGGCUUCUGCAAACAAAGGUAAAAAGAUAGAGGAAGCAGAAAUUCCUCCCCCAGUUGCAACUGGUAAAAGCAGUGCCACAGGAGUGGAGCCUGAUAGUUUAAGUGCAAAAAGUUUGGAAGAUGGAAUGGCUGAAAUGCGUCAGGAAGCACGAGCACCAGCAAAUGAGGCACUACUACCUAAAUCAAGUGUUACAGAGUUAUCUGUGAUGUCUUCAGAGCCUGAGCCUUCAAACAUUGCAGCAUCUGUAACUUCUGUUCAGUCUGAGAUUGUUGAUGUGUUGACUACUGAUACAGCAAAUAAUGACAACGCUGGAAGUGAUGAUACAAAAACAAAAGUAUUAUUGGUUGGGAGACAGGAGGAGUAUAAACUGGCUGCACUAAGAGCAAAGCAAGCGGGAAACAUCACACAAGCUAAAGAAUACAUGAAAAUCAGCAAAAAAUUUGAUGUUGUGAUAAAGGCUUUGGACAGUGGGGAGCCUGUAGAUCUGACUAACCUGCCACCAUUACCAACAGCUUUGACAGAUACUUCAGCCGAAGAAAAAUCACUUAGUCCUUCAAAUGUAGUAACUCUUCCGGAGCAGCAAGGAAUGGAUUCAAAAACUGAAUAUCAAGACACUCCAGAAUCCGGCCUACCGCCAUCACCUAAAGAUGUUGUGGAAGCUCUGCAUCAAAGAAUGGAGAAAUAUAAGACAGCAGCAGCUCAAGCUAAAGCUGAUGGGAAUGACCGUAAAGCAAGGAUGCAUGAGAGAAUAGUGAAGCAAUAUCAAGAUGCAAUUAGAGCUCACAAAGCUGGAAGGAAAGUGGAUUUUUCAGAUCUUCCUAUACCGCCAGGAUUCCCAACAAUACCAGGAGUGGAAGAAGCUUCUGGAGAUCACAGCAUUGUUGAAACACUUGAAACUGCAUCCAGACUAGUCACUCCGGCAAUUGAGGAGGACGAGGAGGUAACAGAGGUUGAGAGUGGAUCUCCUCAGCCAAGUAUGCAACCUCCAGUUGCAAAGAAACCAACAAAGCUUCCAGGUCAUGGCGUGCAAACAGCUGAAGCAACAUUGAUAUUACCAGUUGCAUCAGAAGAAAGACAAUCCCCAAAACCAGUAAAGAAGCUAACACCAAGUGAUGAUUUGAUUCAGCUCAGUUCAGUCGCUCAGCAACAAUUGGAAUUUCUUCAGAAUAGGAAGAAAUUGUACAUGAAAGCUGCUGUACAAGCAAAACAAAAAAAGAACUUGGAACAAGCAAAAAAUUUCCUUAAAAUUGCAAAAGGCUUUGAUCCAAUGAUUGUGGAUAUCCAAUGCGGAAAAUCAAUUGAUAUUUCAAAGGUUCCUUCACCCCCUGAUACUGAAGAUGAUGAUGAUGAUUUUAUAAUAGUGCAUCACAAGGAUGUGCAGAUUUCAGAAACGUUGGAUGAAGUGUACACACAUCUUAUGAACCUUCUGAAGGAGCAAUAUGAGAAAUGCAUGUCCUAUUCAAAGCAAUUUAUACAUCUUGGCAAUAUCACUGAGACCACCAGGUUUGAGAAGAUGGCUGCCGAUUGCAAGAUAAGUAUGCAAAUCCUUAAACUUGGGCAGGCUCGUGGCUCGGAUCCACCAAAGUAUCAUUUUGAGGAGAGAACCUUUAAAACUGUACGCAUCUUUUCUGACAUCAGCAGUGCUGAAAUGCUCCUCAUCAUUGUAAAAGGAAUAAAUCUCCCUGCACCUUCAGGUUUACGUGUGGCAACACAUGACCUUGAUGCUUUUGUAAAGUUUGAAUUUCCGUAUCCUAGUACAGAACAAGCCCAAAGACACAAAACAGCUGUGAUCAAGAAUACAAAUUGUCCAGAAUAUAAUCAGCGUUUUGUGCUCAAUAUUAACAGAAAUCAUCGAGGAUUUAAACGAGUAAUUCAGACCAAAGGAAUUAAAUUUGAAAUAUUUCAUAAGGGGGGAUUUCUGAGGAGUGACAAAUCAGUGGGAACUGCACAGUUAAAACUGGACAAAUUAGAAACACAGUGCGAAGUCAGAGAAAUUGUUGAGAUAUUUGAUGGUAGAAAAUCUACUGGUGGUCGAUUAGAACUAAAAGUUCAAAUCAGAGAUCCCCUUAAUGGACAAGAUUUGCAAAUUAAUACAGAAAAAUGGCUUGUCCUCGAUCCAGCUAGUAGGUCACAGGACUAAAGUAACUGCUUGAACUUAAGGUCAAAUGAUAAAAUCUAUGCACUUUUCCAUGACUGCUAUUGUGAAGAUUUGCUGCUACUGAGACUGCUAUUUACAUACAAAGCCAAAGAUUCGAAAUAUCUAUUUAAAGCUUGUGUCUUUGUUGGUUUGUUGGAAACCUGCACAUUGAAAAGUACCUUACCCUAAAGAAAUAGGGCAAUGUAGACAAUCCACAAUUAUAAAAUAAACUCCCUAUAUUUUAAUAAA